AUGCUAACGACCAGUGAAACUGCUAGUAGUUUGAGAAGUUGGCAGAGCAAUAUCUCCAAGCCUCUUGUGGGCUGACCUGGUCUGUUCUCAGUGUGUUAGGCCCUUCUGGGGUGAAGUGCUCGCGGCUGGACCAUUGAGCAUAGAAAAUUAAGUGAGUCGGUGAUGGAUGGCCUGAUGAUUGACAGCCCGCAAAAGGAAUUCAUCUGUGUGUGCGUUCGAGAUCCACGCUGUCACAAAGAAAACUUCUGGCACACACACAUAGACUAUGAGAUCUGCCUAUAUACAAACAGCAUGUGCUUCAGGAAGAAAACCUCUUGUGUUCGGCGCCGCUACAGUGAGUUUGUAUGGCUGCGUCAGAGGCUACAGGAGAACGAAUUUCUCAUAGACCUUCCAAAACUUCCUCCUUGGAAUCCAUUCUUCAGUUUGGGCAACAGUUGCCACGUGGCUGAUCGGAUGAAGGGACUCCAGAAGUUCUUAGAGGAUGUACUACAGACUCCCUUUUUCCUGUCCGAAAGCCGACUGCACCUGUUUCUGCAGUCGCAUCUAAGCAUCAUGAAGAUUGAUGCAUGUGCCCAAGGACUCACGCGCUACACUGUAGAACAAGCAAUCCAGGGCUGUACAUGUAAUUUGUCAAGAUUCCCCUUUGAUGAUGAAGAAAGCAAAAUUGGCUGUGACUCCGACUGUGAAAGCAACUCCUCCUCCGGUUUGGGUCACAGUAUGGAGCCAACGAUGUCUCUGAGCGAAGGCACGUCUGCCAGUGAUUACCAUGAGGUCUAGCUGGUGGCCAACCCAGAGGAGCUCUUCAGCUGGCUGCAAGCAUGACGUGGACCAGAGUGCCCAUGGUGAGCUUAUGUUCUUGUGUGAACCGUCGUACGGUUAGACAAGUUCACAGCACAUGGUCCUGGUUGCUUGCAUACCCUCACUUUUCCUUAAUUCUUAAUCCUUAGAAUUAUUUGCUGCUUGUAUGUGAAGGUGGCUAGUAAGGUCUCAACAGCAAUGUCCUAGUUUAUUUUGCAUGUAUUGUCAUGGUAAUAACGUUCAUGUGUCCCUUUCUGGUUUACUUUUCUUUUUUUUUUUUUUUUUUUUUAAGAGAUUCUUAAUGUCUGAAGACCCAGUAGAGGGCACUUUUUACUAUUUUGCUAUCAAAGUAUUGUUAAAGGAAUCUGUCUUAAUGUGUUUAUUAAUGAAUGUUUUAACUGGUGAAUAUGCAGGAGCUUCUGAAGAUGACUGG